UUUAAACUGUAACUGUGCUUGCUCAUAAAUUGCAGACGAAAUAUUUCUCUAUGGAUACCAUAAGAAAACAAAUAUUCUUAAAAUAUUUACAUUUAUCAACAAGGCAUUUAAAUCUGAAAUAUGUUCCUAAGCAUGACUCCUGUAAUUCUGAAAGUAUUUCUCUUCUACAAAACUUCAUAAAUAAUCACAAAAGUCUGUUUGUUUUGACUGGAGCUGGAGUGUCAACAGAAAGUGGUUUGCCUGAUUACAGGUCCAAAGACGUUGGUUUAUAUGAUCGUAGUUCUCACCGACCUGUUCAAUACAAAGAUUUUAUUUCGAACUGUGAGGUUAGAAAACGAUAUUGGGCUAGAAACUUUGCUGGUUGGAAAACAUUUUCAUCCGUUCAGCCAAAUUCCGUCCACUUAAGCUUAGCUGAAUGGGAGAAAAAUAAUUUAAUUCAUUGUUUAGUCACUCAAAACGUUGAUAGAUUGCAUCAUAAAGCUGGUUCUAAAAAUGUCAUUGAAUUACAUGGAACAUCUUAUUUAGUCAAAUGUUUAAAUUGCCCCAACUUAUUUUCAAGACAUUCAUUUCAAUCAUUGUUGUUAUCCCUAAAUCCUUCUUUUCAAGUUGAGGAAGUAGAAAUCAGGCCAGAUGCCGAUGUUGAAUUAAAUUCUGAACUUAUAAAUAGUUUUAAUGUCCCUGAUUGUGAAAAAUGUGGUGGUAUUUUGAAACCGGAUGUUGUUUUCUUUGGAGAAAAUGUUCGUAAAGAAAAAGUUUUUAAUGUUCGCCAACAAUUAGAACUUUCUAAUGCAGUUAUAGUUUUAGGUUCUUCUCUUCAGGUGUACUCCGGAUACAGAUUUUUAUCAGCAGCGUCUGAGUUGAAGAAAAAGAUCUGCAUUGUGAAUAUUGGGCCUACACGAGCUGAUGAAAUUGCUGACUUAAAACUAAGUGUACGAUGUGGAGAUAUAGUUCCAAAAAUAGAACUAUUGUGAUAAUUAAUCUUUGUAAGAGUUGUUAUUUUAUUUUUUAAAUAUACGUUUUAGCUCGAAAAUGAUUUUUGUUGCUUUUUUUUUAAUUGUUCUCUUGUCGAUGGUUUGUUGGACGGCAUCAAGGACAUUUUUCAAUUCAUCAAAGAUGUUAUGAAGAUGUUUGUUGAUACAGAUAUAUUGUAAAAGAGAAGCGCUGAUGCUGAAGAAUACAUUAAAAUGGAUCCAGGAA